CAACGCUUUGGCAUUCGUGUCAAUGUAGUUUAAGUUUUACAGUGUCUCAUAAAUUUUACAUUUUUUCAAAAAUUGUAAUAGUGAUUUUUCCUGCGAGUCUUCAUUUUUCAAAAUUUCAAAAACAGUUCCUUUGAUGUUGUGUUCCUCUCGGGCCUCUUUAAAUCCGCGACAGUCAGUCAGAAUGUGUUGGACGGUUGUUAAUACACCACAGAACUGGCACAUCGGUGCAGAGCUUUUGUCGAAUAGGUAGGAAUGUGUCAGUCUGGUAUGACCUAUACGUAGCCUUGUAAGAACACGUUGAUCUGAUGGGCAAUUCUGAUCUACGUAGUUGUUGGGUGUGUAUUUACUUUGCCUGAGGAAUGAUUGGCUUGAAUGCCAUCGAUGUUCCCAUGCUCUCCAUGUUCCAGUUUUUAUGGAUCGCACAGCGUCUUGAGCUGGGAUUCGAAAAUCAGCGGGUGGUGCUAAGCUGUUUCGAGCGUCAUUUGCACAUGUGUCUGCUUCCUCAUUGCCAACUAUUCCAGCGUGGCCUGGUACCCAAGUGAAAGUGAUGUUGUGAUUGGUUAGUUGAGUUUCAAGAGAUUGGAUCCAUGGAUGUCGUGAAGUCCCUUUUGAUAGCGCAUCUAAACAGCUUGCUGAGUCAGUCAGAAUUAGAGUGGGUUCAUUCGUGUCUGCUUCCUGUGUUACAUAUGAAUAUUCUAUGUUUAUUUGAUACGAUACGAGCGCAUUCGCAAACAUUUAUUUUCAUUAACCCAUUCCCUCAUGAAAGAUUACUGAGCGUGCAUACACGAAAUAAGUAUAAAAAUAAAAGUUGCCAUCAACAAACCGAAAAACACGGAAACAAAACACGGUGCAAAAAUUCGCACUGCAGAAAGAAUGUUCAACCAGAAAUCUGGCAGGCAUAGAACAGACUCGGAUUUGACAGGCGUCAAACCAAAACCUCAAAGGUUGGCAGCAUUGAACUGUCAUUGCGCUUCCGGAAAACUGCACAGAAAGUGCAAGAAAAAAAAAAAAGUGCGCCAUUGGUGUGACGAACGCCGCUCCCCGGAGAAGCAACGAUUUGCGGGCAAAUUUGAAGUUACGCUCCGCGGAAAGAGCCAGGAACACCGCUCGAUCCCAGAAUCGGGAGGAGACGAGAACGGUACGCUAAACGAGGAGUCGGCAGGUAAUUCAAAUAAGCUCUAACCAAACCGAUCCCUUACGAAAGUUCAUUCCAGUCGUGAAUCCACCAAUUGGUCGCCAAAAAAUCCGCCAAUCGAUUCCGUGCACGUCGGGCGAAGAGUGGCUAGUUCCGAGCCACAGCAAAGACAGACAGGAAGAGAGCAAGAUAAAAAAGGGGUCAGACAUGUGCUGUAAGUACCCAACAAUAAAAUACAGAAAAAGAGUUCAUGCCUGACCAAGAUAUUUUUUGUUCCGACAGGACCCCUUUUGGCUAUUUCCGUUUGGCUUUUGGCCCAUUUAUCCGUUUGGCUUUUGGCCCAUUUAUCCGUUUGGCAUUUUGGCCUUUUUGCUUUUGGCGUUUGCCUUGCUUAGCACCGCAUCAAGACGCAGCAGCUGGCAGGUGAUCCAAAACGGUUCUCCGGAAUCACUGCCGAUUCGGAAAAAACCCGAGGUGCAAGGUUGGCCUUGGCAGAAGGCAUCGGUCGUCCGUUCAUCACCACAUCAGUUGUGGCAACCCUUGGCAUCGCGCUUUUCAUCGCCUGUGGAGUAUUUGUUUUGGCGAGCUUCGGAUCGUUCCUUGUUUUUUUUCUGCGGAAUUCGCAGUUUUUUUCGGUUUCCUGGUGCGAAAGUCGGUCAGUGGUCUUAUAAAAGUCCCACGAAAACCACUUCGACCUUGUGAACCAGUGCGUAACUCACUAUUGUGGGCAUAAUUCGCACCAAAAUUUUGCGCGAGCCACGAGGAAAGGAAAAAUAGAUCCGGUAGCAACAUAGAAUUCCCACCGCGCAGCAGUAUUUCAGCGGAUCCAUUGUUACAGCAGUGUGCCCCAUCACAUCUUCCACAAGCAGGAGGAAAGUUCGCCCACCGGAAUUUGGUCAGCGGAUGACAAGGGCAAGGAAGCAAGACGGGACGAACAUGUGCCAUAGUGGAAAUCUUCGCCGCUCAAGGAAACCCAACCCUGGGCCCAAUAAAAAGGAGCAACAAACCACAACAAGCCACGUAAGUCGCCUUUAAGUGUUUUUCAUGGGGAGGUAAACAUAAAUGGGUAACUUCUAAGAAAUUUUGCAAUCAUCAAUUUAAGAUUGCACUGAAAUUGUUUGCGAGCUUUAAUAUUUUUUCAUUUGUGGCAGCAGACCACAUGCGAGCCGGCACUAAUUGUCACAAAUGGCGCCCAGCUAAAAUCGAACCACUUUAAUUUGUUCGAUGAAUUUAAUAUCAUCUCUAUGAAUACUUGUGAUGAUAUUAUCAUUAUUAUUAUAACAGUUAUUUCGUAAUUGCUACUGUUAUUGUACUUAUUAUUGUCGCUCUAUUUAUUAUAUCGUAUCAAGUUUUUUCAUAAGUAAGUCCACUUUAAAAAUACCUGGUUUAUGAUCCAAAUAAGUAAUAAUGAAUAAGCAAAUUGAUUUGUAUCAUCUUAAUGAUGAGGAGAUGGAAUAUGAAUUGGCCUUGCGCCAUGUUACGAAUCUAGCCCCAUGCUCUAGAAGAGCUAGGGUUGUCAAGUUAAAAGCCCUUGUCCAAGAGGACGCCCUUAGAGACACCAUUUAUGUAAAUUCGGAACACGUAAUGUCACCGGAGUCAAACAUCGAGGUUUGCCAGAGGGCAAUUGUUGAAUUGAGGAAUCAGGUCGAUUUAGCCACGCAGAAUAGAAAUGCCGAUCAAAUGGCUUGCGCGAAAUCGAGACUGCUUCAUUACCGGCAACGAUUAUCACUGAUUCCAGUGGUCGCGAAUUUAGAGGAAACGCGUAGGGUCAUGUGUGAGCUUGUAGAGACGCUGCUAGCUCAGAUAGAGUGUGUGAACAGUGCAGUCAAUAUGGUGCAAAGUGAAACAGAAAACACUAGCCUUUCAACUAGUGUCCCAACCAUCCAGGCAGAGAACAGUAGCAGUAGGGAUGCCUGCGAUGCGUUGACGAUUCCACUGAGGCCACAAGCAGCUGAAAACAAUGAAGGAGCACGAGCACGGAUGCAAGAAGCGGAUGUUGAGCCGGCUUCUCUUCCGUUCCAAGGAGGCAGACAAGGACAGAGGGACUUCGAGGAAGGAGUCAUCCGGAGAUCAGGUAGUUCGGCUGGUCUGGCUGCUGUGAACGUUCUGGACGAGCUGCGGCUCGACAUUCAACAACGACAAAGGAGGCAACAGCAGCUGAACGACAGCUUUACAAACCGAAGUGGUAGCAACUAUGACAGGCGGAUGCAGAAGGCGAUUCACAAUUGGCCUUUCAAGUUUCGAGGUGAAAAGGACACCACUUCCCUCAACAUUUUCUUGGACCGGGUGGAGACGUUUGCCAGAUCAGAGGGAAUCGACGAUCAGACACUUCUGGCUUCUAUCAAGCACCUGUUGCUUGAAGACGCUCUCGACUGGUACUCCAGAGCACUUGCCCAACGUCGCCUGUAUUCCUGGCAAGCAUUCAAACAAGAAAUUCGACGUGAAUUCCUGCCUAGCGGGUACGCUCAGAUCCUGAGGUUGGAAGCCAGCUUCCGCUUUCAAGGUGCAAACGAAACGUUCGAUAAGUUCUUCCGUGACAUCUCUACACUAUUCCGCUUCAUCGAUCCACCACUUUCGGAAGAGGAGAAGUUGUUCAUAGUCAAGAAGAAUAUGAACAUGGACUAUGCAACAAUAGUAACAGCCGCUCAACCAAAGACACUGAUGGACCUGGUCAACGUAUGCAGCAACUUCGACGAAACAAGGCUAUUGCUGAACCAGCAGCGCAGAAUUCCGAUUCCGCACAACCACUUACUAGAACCGAACUUCGCAACACCAGCAGCAACAAGUCGAUCUCAGCAACACCAGCAGCAGCGUUUCGGGAGAUUGCAAGCAGUGGAGGCGGACGAGCAGUUGUACGGAGCCACAUCAUACUCAGCACCAUCGCAUCGGCUUCCAAUACAACAGCCACGCUUCAACAGAGUACAUGCGGUGGAGAACGAGGUCCAGCAAGGUGCGGCUUCAACGUCAGCUAUCCAAACUGAAGCAGAUCUAGUGGAUCCAGAAGAAGCAAACGGUUUGCAAGGGGACUUUAACCAGCUGUACGAGCAAGUUUGUGCCAUGAAGCUUCAACUGGAGCGCAGAUCGAAUCGUUUCACUACAGGACUACAGCAGCAGCACUCUGUACAACGACCGGAACAGCGUCAACAACCGCCUACAACUUCGGCAGGUCAGAACAAUUUGGUGAAUCGUCAAGGCAGUCAAGCGGAGAACUAUCGAAUACAACAUCCGUUGCAACAGCAAGCUAAAUGGGCGCCGCGGCAGCAGCUUCAACAACAGCAGCAGCCUCAACAGCAGCAGCUUCAACAACAGCAGCCUCAACGGCAAUUCCAACAGCACUAUCAACCACAGCUCCAGAACCAGCAGCUUCAGCAAGCAGGCAGCAACAUGUACGAUCUAGAUCCUGUUCAGCAUACAGCGUACCGCCCAGCGCUUUGCUGGAACUGCGAUGAGGAGGGGCAUAGGUUUCCGGAUUGCACGAAGGCACAGGCAAUUCUCUUUUGCUACAGAUGCGGUCGAAAAGGUUACACGUUACGCAGCUGUCUUGUUUGCAACAGCGAAGCGGAAAACGCCGCAGCGAGGAAGUGGUAGAUGGAGGGCCAGAUUCUUCGCAACACAUCGAUCAACCUUCAAUACCUCCCGACUUACAAAAUAUCAACUCUAUAAUCAUCAAUCCCGGACAUGACAACCGUCCACACGCCGUUCUAGACGUCCUAGGAAAGAA